CUAAGUGAUACAUCGAAGAGUUAAGACUAAGAGGUUGUCAUGAUAUCUAUUUGUGUAUUCCUCAUUGUUUUGGUUCCAUCAGUCAUCCAUGCACAGGAGGUGCCUGCUGGCUGUCCUCUGAUGUGUCCACUGGAUCUUCAAAUCAUACAGGACAUAUCGUGUAGUAUAGAAACGGUAAACAAAUUCCAAGUACAGGAUUUUCUCAUUAAAUUCGCAGAGGAGAUUGGCCCUUGCAUAGGCCAUGGUAAUAUGCAAACUCAGAUGGGGCUGAUCAGUUAUGACAAAAAAACCUACCAUAAUUUCUAUCUGAAUCGAUAUAGUUCAGGUACAGCUAUAGCACAAGCCAUACAGGAUAUGGAUUGGAACCACCAAAAUAUAGGCAAAGGCAAAAAAGGAUCGCGCUGUGGUACAGCAACAUAUAAAGCCCUCAAUGAGGCUAGAUUAGUGGCUCUUACUGAAGCACAUGGUAUAAGAGAUCCGCUAGGUAUAAAAUCACCACCAAUAAAGAAGGUCGUUAUUGUACUAACCGAUGGUGCCACACAUCCACCAGAAAAGUCAACGGCCACUAUCACGGCCGCUAGGCAACUAAAAAAAGGAUCUGGUGCUACGACAAUAGCUCUUGAGUUACCAAAUAAUAAGAUGAAUAAUGAUCCUGCGCUGCAAGCCCGUGGGACAAAGGAAUUUAGGGAAAUUGCAUCAUCAGAAGACGCACAUUUUAGGGUGACAAAUUUCGAUAAUUUAAUCAAUCGAAUGGAAGAAGUUUUGGACAGCUUGUGUGAUCCAACCCCAACGAUAUUACCAGAAGACCCAGAAGAACCCGUAGAUCCAUGUGAAAAAUUUUCCUCCUUCAAUAGAGAAUGUGAAAUAACGAUGGCCAUGUGCAAUCCAGCGGACCCUAGAUGUUGUGGUUGCCCUAUGAUGUUUAAGGACCCAGUGACCAAGUCUGAUAAAACGCCGUUCGAGGUAGCCUACAAUCAGGGAAUGUGUUUAUGUGAGGAUUGUAUUCGAAGAUCGUAUUUCUGUCUCCCCAAGGCUCUCCGCCCGAUCCUAAGCAAAGGGAAACCAAAAGUAUCUCGUUAUUAUCCAGGAGCACCACCAGAUGACGCUGAUAAUACUCCUUAAAUUCACUAUGGC